AUGCAGAACGACGCCGGCGAGUUCGUGGACCUGUACGUGCCGCGGAAAUGCUCCGCCAGCAACCGCAUCAUCGGCGCCAAGGACCACGCGUCCAUCCAGAUGAACGUGGCCGAGGUUGACAAGGUGACAGGCAGGUUCAACGGCCAGUUUAAAACCUAUGCUAUCUGCGGGGCUAUCCGGAGGAUGGGUGAGUCAGAUGACUCCAUUCUCCGACUGGCCAAGGCAGAUGGCAUCGUCUCAAAGAACUUCUGA